AUGAAUUAUUUUCUUGAAACAUUUUUUUCAGUUAUUAUUUAUUAUAUUUCAUUCAACAUCUUUCCUUUCUCUUCGGUUAAUUGUCCACCAUUUUCUUUCUUUUUAUCAUUCAUGUGUGCUUCAGUUUCCUUUCUUCUCAAUUUUGUUUUUUCUCUCAUGUUUGUCGUUUCUAUAUUUUGUCAUUCUAAUAAUUUGCCUUUCCCUCCAUUUUUCUUUUUUUUUUUUCUCGUUCCAAAUAUGCUUUCGUUGCGUUUUCGUAUUCUGUGUUUAUCUUUUUCCUUCAUUUAUUUUCGUUUCUUCUUUUAUUCUGUCUUCUCCCUCUAUUUGUCAUUCAUUAUUUUUUUUUUCUCUUUUGUUUGUCUUCUGUGUUUUAUUUUUCUUUCUUUCUCUAUUUGUUCGAUUUUUCUUGCUGGCUUUUAUUUUUUUCAUCUGAUUCAUUCCUCCUUUGUUCUUUCUUAUUUUCAUUUCUGUUUUGCUUCAUUCUAUUCUUGUCAAUUUCACCAGUUUUAUUCAUUUAUUCACUUUAUUCUUGGAAUUUCUUUUUAUCUCACUUGA